AUGAGAUUCCUGCCGAAGCUAGAGGACGACUGGGACCUGCUGUCAAGGUGUUCCAAGAACUGCUGUUCGGAAAGGACAGAUUUUGCAAUGGAAAGCGGUAAACGCGUUCUAGGCUCCUCAGAAACUUCAGAGGACAGUCAUGGUACGGCGACACCAAAAAACUUUACGAAGAGCUUGAAGAAGUUAUACUUUCUGAAACAUGCUUCAAAUGCUCAAGAAUGCGACCUCUGCAAAGUCGUAGACGAUUUGUACAUUCUGUUCAAACAGGAGAACGUGCUGCAGAUGGAAGGCGCCUGGAAAACCAUAGCACUGCAGAAGCUUUUCCGGUGCUUUGACCAAGCUUUGUCCGAAUUCAGCUGGAAACUGCUGGAACUUAUCUUGUUGGAUUUCGAUUCAAUCGUUUUACUUCACUUCACGGGUGCCAUAGAGAACCUUUCAGAGAAUCCUUUGCUAUGUGGCGUUUUGACUCAGGAAAAAUUCCUUUGCCAAUUGCUCGAUUUUUGCGAACAUCUGACGGACAGACAGAAUCAAGACAUUAACAAAAACGAUGCAGAAGGCAAAAUUAUAGUUGCCCUCAAUAUCAAUUUGAUGAAAACAUUGAAGAACAUUCUAAAGUACACUGAAGAUCCGCUCUGCCAUGGGAAAAUCCUGAUCAGACUUGUCAGGUGGUUGGCUGUCCUCAUCGAGCAGUCCGGAUCGAAGAUUGCCCUGAAAGCCGUUCGUCUGCUCGGUUACAUCAGCAGCGACUACAAGCUUUGCGUUCAACUGGCCGGGGAAGCAACCAGCAUCGUUUUGACUCUGUUGAAGCGCACUGAAGACGAUAAUGGAAAUCAGGACUUUCUUUGCCAAGCAUUUUUCGUCCUGGCCAACCUGACCAUCAUGGACGACGGGCUCCGAGUUCAGGUGUACGAAUCGAAAAACUUCUAUGCACGACUUGUCUCCUGCCUGGCGCUGUUAACCGGAGACGGUGACUCGAAGAACGGGAAGCAGUUUCUAGGCAAGUUCAGCGCCAAGGAACUUUCCAAGAACAGUGCAAAGAACCAUGAGUUUCUGAUCAUGGUUUUACAGGUGCUCGGCAACAUAAGUAUUAAUCGGCAGGUCGGUGAACGAAUCGUCAAGGACACCACGAUGCUGAACUGUGUUUCGAAACUGAUUGAAAGACCAUCCUUUGGCAGCCACAAUCCAGCCUUCAUGUCAGCUGGACUCAUCACGGCAAAUAAUCUGAUAUUUUACAUCGACAUGCCGGACGACAACGUAAAGCGGAUAGCGAAA